AUGAUGGCUUGUAGAGGUGACGAGAAUGAGAAUGAGAAGGAAGCACCGACCAAAAAACUCCGCCACGCUGGACAAGAUAUCAUAUUUAGGAUCGUUGUGUCGCCGCGUAAGAUCGGGAACGUUAUCGACAUAGAAGGAAUUCGUAUUCAGAAGAUCCGAGAGGCCACUAAGGCGAACGUCAAAAUCCCCGAUGCUAUUGUUGUAUGGCGCCUCCAGCUGGGAUAA